AUGAGAGUUGGUAACCUGCUUUUGUCUGCAGCCACCUUGUUUUCAGGUAAAACAUAUGCCAGACUUCAAGAUAUUUCUGCAUAUCUGAAAUUACCAAUCCUUUGUCAGAGCCAGUUCUAUGCCCUGCAGAAGCGUUAUCUUUUCCCAGUAAUAAAUGAAACAUGGAUGUCGUGUCAGUUAGGUGUUGUGAUUGGGUUGAGCAGGGAGGACAAGGUUGUUCUAUCUGGUGAUGGCCGUCGUGACAGUCCGGGCCACUGUGCAAAGUAUGGGACGUACACUCUCAUGGAUGUGGAUUCAGGAUAUAUAGUUGAUUUUGCUGUUCUCAACAAGGCUGAUCCCCGGGUGAAAAAUUCCAAUGCCAUGGAACCCAUGGGGCUAAUACAGUGUUUGUCUAAUAUGAAGAAAUGGAAUAUUGACGUCAACAUCCUCACCACAGACAGACACAAAACCAUUAGAAAAAUUAUUCGGGUUGACUACCCUGAGAUUACACACCAAUUUGACUUAUGUAUUGUAAAAAAAAUUGUAACGGCAUGUGGCAAGAAAACAGCCCUUGCCCCUCUCCUUGAUUGGUUACAGUUCAUAAGUAACCACUUCUGGUGGGUCAUGUCAAGGCAAUGUAGAUGCUCUUAA